AGAGCUGUAUGGGUGAAAGAUUUUUUUAAAGAAGAACUCAAUGCACUAAAAUCAGGGGGCACUUCCCCAGCCACUCAACUAGCAUGCCAGCAAUUGAAGGAUUUUCUCAGUCAUGUUCCUGAGUCAUUAAAUAACCUGAAAAAAGCAUGCUCGGAAGAUUUCAAUUGCCUCAUUGCAACGGAAGUUUUAAUACCUCUCUCAUCUGGCUGCUGUUUGAUAAUCAAAGAGAUUACUGGUGUGACGGAGAAGAGAUUAAAACAGCCAGCCAAACAUGGACUGAACGGACUUGUGAUAGGUAAGAAAAUUUUGCUUCUAUCAAGUAAUAAAUUGAGGUGUUUCAUUAUCUCAUUCCCAGAGCCCACAUGCCUUUUGGUCAGCACCAAGUCUGGAAUCGUAUCAACUGCACAUGCAUAUUCAACUUCCCUAACUCAUUAAGUAUGAAUAUAUAUGUCAUCAUAUUGGAAAGUUGGGCACAUAUUUAAAGAAAUGGAAAUCUUAAACUGCCCGUUCAUUUUUUGUGUGGAGAUAUGUUGCCUUGGAGGAUGAAUGAAAGCAACCAUAUUUGGGCCAGCUGAGUUACUGUUGCCAUGGUAACUGCCAUUAAUCACGGCAGCCACAAGCACAUGUUUUGACCCUUAAAAUGGGUAACAUGUAUGUGUGUUUACCUCUUGCAAAGAUUCGAAUCAGUGCUAAUGAAAUUCCACCAGAGAGGAGACGUAGGACUCUAAUAAUUUUACUAAAGGAUGCUUCAAAACUGCAGAUUGCAGGAUUGGCAAAAAAUAGAUGUUAAUGUUUUUAUCGUAAAAUUCCUGUUCAAAGGUGUCAUGAUCACUGGCAGUGACUGGUUUUCGUUAAUCCAUCCAGACAACCUACAUUCACACAGAAAAUGAAGGGGGUGUUUAAAAUAAAACUUUGCUUGACUUUCUCAGAAAACUUCUCUUACCGGUAACUUACAAUUUAGCUGACCAAAAAAGAAUGAGAUUGGGUGUUACAAGACUACUGCGAGGGUCGCAAACAAAAGAACUGAAUGGUACUGUUUUCAUUGGUGUUCCAUUGCAGAUAUUCCAAAUUUUAAAUGUUGACAGAAUUUUGCUGUUAUUUACAGGUUAUUCAAAUGGUUAUCAUGGGGAGGUAGAUAUGGUUGUUAUACCAGACUAUGAUCCAGAAGGAGCAGGUGAUGCCAAUAGAAUACCCUUACACUUUUUGUCCCUAAGGCCAAGUAAAAAAAAAUGUUUCUUAUCUUUUGAGGCCACCUCUCUUUUUUUAUUAUUUGUUUUUGGAAAUGUUUUGUGGAAGUGAGGUUGAUUUAGUAAUUCUAGUGGACUGCUAGCUGUUCUGCAGUGUAUGCCAUGAAGGGGAUACAUGCCAAAGAAGAAAAUCACAAGAGCUUUCAUUCAGGCUAAAUCCUAAAAUGAAGCAUUCAGUGCACCCUACCAAUUGAUAUUGCGUGACGCAUCAUGUUGACUUGUUUAAAGCAUGCAUCAAAAUAAACCAAAUUUGUGUUCAAUCAACAUCUGACAUUUCAUUUAUUAUUUGACCGAAGAACUUACCCCUGUGGGGGGGUAAGAAAUAUAAUUUGAAAAAAAAGCAUUCAGUUUGGAAUAAUAAAACAGUCGGAAAGAUUAAAAAAAUCACCUGCCUGUUCUCUUUUUUCUAGAAAUCCGGACGAGAAACAUUUUUUUUUUACUUGUCCUAAUAGUACAUGUGUACAAUGACCCUUGUGCAGUACCAGUCAGAACUUAAAUGCCCCCUAAAUUAAAUGUUUCACCGUUUCUGUGGGCAAGUUAACUUAAGAUAUCCUUUUUCCAUGCGACAAUUUUUCGAACCACGAGCUUCUGGUAAACAUUAUUAAGCUCGGAAUCGAAAUGUGCUAUUUCCAACCAUAACGGCUCUCUCGGCAGUGCAAAUUUAAAAGAUGGUCUGUGAUUGGACAUGCAAGCCUGAAAAGGAGGAGUUCUUGAAAAUGGAGCCAAAGCUGUGACUGGGCUAUAUCAGGAAAGGAAUGUGGUUCGGAUGUGAGCAGUGGUUCUUUGGGGGGAGCGUUGAGGUCACUCGAGUGAUUCCAAAAUUAAGACCCUAGACUACCACAAUGAUAACAAUAAAUAUUUUGGAUGACCUGAUGUAAAUGUUAUUCUGCUAGUUCUAGUUUCUACUGAAGAACCACCGGAAAAAAUGGCUGACAGUGACAGUGACAGUGACAGUGCCGGUAAGUUUAUUUUUAUUUUAUUUAUUUACAUUUGUCACAUGAGAUAAAUAUUACAGAAAGAAAAUGAAAAAUAUAUACAUAUUAUUACUAAGAUUGCACUUUUAAUUUAACAGAUAAAGUGGCGAGGAAGCCAACUGCUCUUGAUGAAACUGAUCUUAACAUGCAUGUAUUGUACUUUAACACUACUGUCUUUCAGUGUGAAACUUUUCUCUCUUUCAGUUCAAUUCACAAAUCUUAUCAGUUCUCUUCUGCAUCUCAACUGCUAGAAAAGAAAAACCCAAUCCUAAAUCUUGCACCCUGGCUUUUAAAUCACCCCUGAGUAAAUAAAAAAAGAUGCAUUGCAGUGUGGGCAAUCAAUUUAAUCUAUUAUUAACACCGAGGAUAGACCUGUUUACACUGGAAGAGGAACUUUAUCCUUAAUGAUUCUGGAUUUAUUAAAUUGAUAAAGCUCUGAUCUGCAGGUGUUUAUACGCAUCUAAGUUAAUAGUAAAAUGAAAACUUUUAUUUGGAUACAAAGUAUUUGCGGUAGAUUCCCAUAUUCAAAAUCUUUAUGCAUGACCAAAGUGGUUUUUAUCAAGUGUUGGAUUCACUCAUCUGCUUGUGAGAGCCAAAUAGAAUCCAGUACCAAAAUGUUGCUGAGUGAUUCCAAAGUUAAGACCCUAGACUACCUCAAUGAUAACAAUAAAUAUUUUGGUUUCUAUAAGAACCACCGGAAAAAUGUUAAAGACUGACAGUAGUACCGGUAAGUUUAUUUUAUUUUAUUUAUUUACAUUUGCCACAUAAAAUAAAUGUUACAGAAAGAAAAUGAAAAACAUAUACAUAUUAUUACUAAGAUUGCACUUUUGUAACUGAUAGAGUGGCGAGGAAGUCCAAUAGAAGCUCAAUAGCUUGUAGAAAAUUGGGCUCUUCAUACUUAAUUAUGAUAUAAUGUCUCUGUCAUAUCAUGGUCAGGCGAAUUUAAUUUAUAGCUCUCUCGAUGAGGUAUUUUUUUAAUGAAGUCUUGAAACUAGAGUAACUUGUCCGUUCCGUAAGAUUAUGGGGAAGGGAGUUCCAUAGUUUAGGUCCUAGGUGGAGGAUUGUAAACUGUUGAAUGUUUGUUCUACAGAAAUAAGGUUGGUAGUUAUUAGCAUUUCAAGUAUUACAUGUUGUGUGUACUUGGCGAUCAGUAAGAAAGGUGGUGUACGUUAAACGUAUGAGGAAGGAGGUUAUUAUGAUAUGAGUACAUAAAACAUGCAACAUUAGAACGCAUUUAUGUUAAAAAUGUCAAGGAUUUUAAGAGUCCGAAAAAGAGGUGCAGUAUAUGGGCAAGAAAUUCAGUUCCACAAAUGAUUCUGACGAUGCGUUUCUGUAGGUAGAGAAUUCUAUUCAAAUUGGAUGGAUACGUUGAGCAUCAUGCAAUGUUACAAAGAUUUAGAAUAAAGAAAGAAGCGACCUUUACUUAUGAUUCCUAUAGUCUUUGAUACUUUUUUAGCAACGUGAUUUAUAUGAUAUUUCCAAGAAAGAUGCUGAUCUAAUAAAACACUAAGAAGCUUUGUCACCUCAACCUGUUGCACAGCAAUAUUAUCUAGCGUAAUUGUAUCACUAACAGUUAUGGGUUUUUGCCUGGGUCGAAAAAGAAUAUAGUUUGUUUUGGCGACAUCGAGUGAUAAUUUGUUUACUUUGAGCCAUUCAGAUAUUUUUGAUAAUUCACAAUUCAUGACAUGAAUGAGCUGGUUAGGAUCUUUAUGAGAAUAAAAAAGGCUAGUAUCAUCCGCAAAUAUAAAAGUCUUUAACAGAUUAGAUGCAUUAGGGAGGUCAUUGAUAUAAAUAAUAAACAAAAGAGGUCCUAGAAUUGAUCCUUGGGGAAUACCAGAUACAAUUGGUUCUGGUUGAGAACAUGCUGAAGUAAACUGAACAAGCUGCUUCCUGUUUGUCAAAUAGCUAGAGACCCAACUAAAAGAAUGCCCUCUAACACCGUAGUGAUAGAGCUUAUUGAGCAAAAUAUGAUGAUCAAUAGCGUCAAAAGCUUUCGAAAGGUCCAAGAAAACUCCAGCAGUCGACUCUCUGUUAUCCAUGGCAGAAGCAAUAUUAUUAACCAACUGAAUCAAUGCCAUAUACGUAGAAUGAUUUCUACGAAAUCCAAACUGAUUGUUGUAAAGAAGAUUAUGAUUUGUUAAGUAUUUAUUAGAUACAAUUUAGUUAUAAACCACUUUUUCGUAAAGUUUAGAAAAAGCUGGAAGAAUGAAAAUGGGCCGAUAAUUUUCAAGCUUUUCUGGAUCACCAGUUUUAAAAAUAGGGAGAACGUUUGUGAUUUUGAGGAUAUCAGGAAAGCAUCCACUUACUAAAGAUAGGUUAAUAAUUUCAGUUAAGGGUUCAGCAAUAAUGUCGAUACUGAGGUUAAUGAUUCCCACUGGAAUAUUAUCUACUCCAGAAGCUUUAUAAGAGUUAAAACUAUGUACUAUGGCUUUAAGUUCAUCAGCUGCGAAAAGCUGAAAUUCCAAAGGUGUUUGUGUGGUUUCGGCUUGAGAAAUCUCUGAAGUUAGCAGUGGAGGGUGAGAUCCUAGCUGCUAAAUUGGGACCAAUGUUAGAAAAAUACUUGCUAAAGGUGGUAGCAAUAGAAGUGGGAUCUGAGAAAAGCUCGCCAUUACUUUUAAAACAAGAGGGGUAGGUUUGUUUAGAUUUGCGUUUAUUAAGUACUUCGUUAAGGAUUUUCCAUGUAGUUUUUAUGUCAUUUCUUUUCGCAAUCCUUAUUAGGUGAUUUAGCUUAUUUUGAAAAGUUUUAUAAGUCUUUUCAACAGCGACACUAGGGUUCUUAAGAAAUUCUUUGUAAAGUUUAGCUUUUGUCCUUAUAGAUUUCAAAAAGCUUUUAGUGAGCCAAGGGUUACGACAUUAUUUUUGAACACGAUACUUAAGUUGAAUGGUUUUGGUAGGAAUGUUUUUGUUAUAUACUUCACUGAAUUUAUUAACAGAAGAUUCAUAGGCUGAAUUGGCAUCUGAUUAAUCAAGAUUCUCCCAAUCAACACGUUCUAAGGAGGAACGAAAAUUGUUUACUUGUUCAUUUUUGAAAUCACGGACAACAAUGCUUUCUCUUUUAGUACAAGUGUUGUAAUCAAAGUUUCCCCAGCUAACUGAAAAAAUCGGCAAGUGGUCAGAGAAAUCAUAUACAAUCAGUCCAUUAACAGAUAGACAAGUAACGUUAUUAGUGAAAGAGAGGUGGUGUUAGAUGUUAUACGCGUAGGCUUUGUGAUCAUGGGGUAAAGUAAGUGAGAAAACAUAAGCUCGACCAAUUCUCCUGUGAUGGCAUGUUGCUCUUGCCGUAAAAGAUCUGAAUUAAAAUCGCCCAUGACAUAACAGAUCUUAUUCUCUCUAGAAGUAGUGGACAGUAAUUUUCGCAAUGAAUCCAAAAAGUCAUUUACAUAUGCAUCGGGCGGUCGAUAAAUAGUGCCAACUAUGACAUUUUUCCCCCUAGGGAUAAAUAGCCUCGUAGCAUCUUGGGUGUGAAGUAUUUAGGUCUGAUCUAAUUUUGAUUUCGAAUUUGUCAAAUAAAUAAAGGCCAACUCCACCGCUUCUUUUCUUUGUCCUAUGAUUUGAGACAAAGUUAUAGCCAGGUAUAUCUAUCAGACCUAAAGUGCUGUCAUUUAGCCAGUUCUCAGAUAUACCUAUAACUGAAAAUUCGUGAUCGAGUAACCCUAAAAGCUGCUUGAAUUUCCCGAAAUUACCAUACAGUCUACGUGUAUUUAAAUGUAAGAUCGAUAAGUCGAAGUCAUUUUGUUCACCAAUAAUUCAUUUAGCUGGCCUUCAAAAAAGUUAUCACAAGAACUAGAGCUUUCGUUGAGAAAAUUACAGUCUGGGCCAAGAUCAGUACGAUUGCUAGCACGAUGCAAAUAAUCCAAAGGGUUAAAACAAAGUUUUUCCAGUCGAUCAGCAUAGAAGUUAACAGUACUGUAAAUAUUUUAUAAAAAUUACGAGGUCAAAAGAUGUAUCAUCUAAGUGAUUGAAUGGAAAAAUUUGAGCUAAACAUUCAGAGCAUAACCAAUUGGUAGUUGAAUUAUUGCACUGACUGCAGGUAUACACUUCUGUAUUAUCACUCACAAAUUCGCAGAGUCUGAUUUAGUUCCUGGUCGACAUUGUAGCGUCCAGAAUUCCAGAGAUCUAGCCACUAGAAUGCGUCUCCAAUUUUUGUAAGGCCGCCGCAUCCUUUAUUUUGAGAGCAACUGACUCUGGAUUUUUACAAAGAUACACCACAGAGCCUUUCGUCCAACAGAACUGAUACUGAUGUUGUUCUUUGAAUUUCUUUGCGUCAGAGAAACUUUCUGCAUCUUCGGCGAAAGGUAUUGAAAGAUUCUAGCAAAUUCUAAGGAGACCCGCCUCGAAAAACCCAAAUGUGAUGGAUCCGCUUUGCAGGCAUCCUUACUUUUAGAAAAAAACACUAUCUCUUGCCAGCCUCCGAGUAAACUUGCAUAUAAUCGGGCGAGUGCCAACAGUCGCCGUCUUCUUCGGAGCUCUGUGGGCAUAAUCAAUUUCCUGCCAAGUUACUCUCCUCCAAUGUCGUUGAAGAGUUUUAGACAAAGUUCACUGGACUCUACAGCAGAUUCGUUAUCGUGUAAUUCAGGAAUGCCAACAAUCUUCAGGUUAAAUUGGUAGCUGUGCUCCUGUAAGUCAUCGACUGCUUUACCAAUCGACUCCACCUCAGUGCUGAUUUUAGAAAGUCGGUCGCUUAAACACUUGAGCUCUCUGACAGCGUUUGCUUGAAAACUGUUGAGGUCGUCGUAAUAAUCACUAUAGAACUGCAGACUCCUCUCCGUCUCAUGGUCCGAAGUUCAAGUUGUAGAUUCACGAGUAAGAUCUGAGGUUCUGCGUUUCUCGAGCAUCUCCUUGAGGUUCUCUAGUUCUGAAGAAAGUGCGGCAAUUUGUGACUUCCAUUGCUCAUUUUGUUUUUUCAAGGUAGCUACUUUUUCCGGCAUGAUUAAUGAGCCAAAAAUAACAUAAAAAAUAUACAUGAAGUAAACAAGAAGUAAGCGAAUAUGUCGAUUUCAAUGUGAGCUCAAAAAGCCGUGGCCAUCUUGCUUGCUCGCCACUGACCGAGGACUCUUAGUUAUCUGCAAAUAGUGUUUUCCAGCUAUUGUUUUGUUAAGCAAUUGGAUCUCUUGAAACACAAGUCUGUGUGGAUUUGCUAAAAUUUCAGGUGCGAAAAUUUCAGCUUGACUCUUGAGUUGAAUGAAAGGCAGUUUGAAGUCUAUAAAUAGCGCUAAAACAUCAAUUUAAAUGCUGGCUGCACACUACACUUGGUUUUCUGAGGCACAAUCGUCUUAACUCAUCUUGGACAAGCGUUUUAUGCUUGGUACAGAUUUACUGCUGAAAACACCAAACUUAUGCCUGACUAUAUAUGUUUGUCAACACUUAGUUAAGCCGGAAAUCUCACUGAAACGGAACCCUAUUAGGGACAUUAGUGCCCAGCAAGGAUCGUACUCUGCACCGUGCUCGGGCACCAAGUGUGAACAUAAUCUAAAAUGUAUUACUAUGAUAAUUGUAUCAAUAACAAAAUUCUCGAAUCUGAUUAGUUCUGAACAAUAGUUAUUUGUUUCUUAAUCGGACAGGUCAAAUCGGACAGUUGGGUAGCCAAUGAAAAAUGAGUAAAAAUAACCUUCUCUUACUCGUCCCCCAAUCACGUGACUUCCGGUGUAAGACAUUUCCACUUUAUGAUCAAUUAAUUUGCCUGGAAAGUUCAAUAUUAUUUUUUUAUAUUGAAAACUGACUGACUGACUUUGGGUAUCUUAAAAACAUCUUUUUUAGCAAGUUUCUCGUAUUUUGAUACGAUUAAUUGGUAAUAGGAUUUCUCGUCGUACAAUUCAGGGGUAAUCGGGCUCAUAAUUUCAAUUGUACUCCACUCAGUCCUAUGACCAUUACAAAUCAGCUUAUUUUUGCAGAGAUAUUAAACUAUUGCAUUGUUUUUUGUUUUCAGAGGGGAGACAAUCUCCACCCGACAGUGACUCGCCUGACAAGGCAAUAGUAGCGGGGAAAGACAGCGUUGAAACCCUCUCGCAAUGUAUUGCGACGAUAAUAACUUUUGCCUGUAUUCAACGGCAACGCCAGCCUAAGAUUUCUUAUGCCUUUCCCAUGCUCAGGAUCAAUCCUGAAGGAAUUGUAGUUCUGGCCUACGAGUGUAAGAAGGACAUUUUAAUGAUAAGCCAAUGUUAUGAAUGGGGCAGUGUUGCCUUUAUUAUCAUUUGGCUCGUUUUGCAUUACUCGUUAUUCCCCCCCAGUGCUUUGAGUGACUUGUUGGAUAAUUGUUGCGCUGGGUACAGCACUGCAGUUACGGACAUUCCACUGGGUGACAUGUGGUACUUGGAAUCCAAAGACGUUUUCCAUCCAGAAGAGUUAAUU